AUGAGCUUACACAAAGCAAGAAUCAAAGCUUUUGAAGAAGUGUUAAGCAAAGAUGAAAUAGAUAUGGAUCAUCUGCGAAGAUUAGCAUUUAAUGGUAUUCCUGAAGAAAAGGGCCUGCGCCCCCUUGUCUGGAAAAUUCUACUUAAUUACAUUCCACCUGAGAAGAACGCUUGGGAGUCCACAUAUGACAAAAACCGGCAACUUUAUAAAGAGUUUAUUGAGGAAAUGAUAGUGUCACCAGGUGGUCCCACAGACCAUCCUCUAAGUAUAAGUCCUGGCAGUUCUUGGAGUAAAUAUUUCAAGGAUAAUGAAGUACUUCUUCAAAUCGAUAAAGACGUUAGAAGGCUCUGUCCGGAGAUGUCUUUCUUUCAAUCUGCCACUGAGUUUCCUUGCGCUGAGGUUGUCAACAGCAAUGGAGUAAAACGUUUACACAAAAGAGUCGAGCAAUCAGUAUUGAACUACUCCACUUUUGAACAGAGAGGCUUGGGAUUGGCAAAGCUUAACAACGCGAAACGGCGAACUGAAAGCUUCUCCAGCGGAGAUUACGUGCCAUUAACAGAGGGCGCUGAAGCACAUUGGGAAGUUGUUGAGAGAAUGCUGUUUUUGUACGCGAAGUUCAAUCCCGGGCAGGGUUAUGUACAAGGCAUGAACGAGAUUAUUGGCCCUAUAUACCACACGUUUGCUGUCAACCCCAAUAUAGAAGAAAGGCGCUACGCAGAACCGGACUGUUUCUUCUGCUUCACCAACCUCAUGGCUGAGAUACGCGAUUUGUUCAUAAGAUCCCUGGAUGAGACGGAGAGUGGUAUCAACAACAUGAUGUCGCGGUUAAGCGAGUGUCUGAAACGAAACGAUCCGGUUGUAUGGGAACAAUUGAAAAAGCAAGAGUUACGCCCGCAGUACUACAGUUUCAGAUGGCUAACAUUACUGCUGUGUCAAGAAUUCAAGUUGCCUGACGUUGAGAGAAUUUGGGAUUCACUGUUCGCGGACCCCAAAAGAAUAGAUUUCCUCAUCAACAUCUGCUGUGCCAUGAUAAUAUUAGUAAGGAACGACAUACUGAUUGGUGAUUUUGCAUCAAACAUCAAACUCCUACAACACUUCCCUCCAAUGGACGUCUCUCGAAUAAUUAAUGAAGCCAUGAAAAUCAAUUCUGCCUAA